CAGGCGUGGAAAUCAGGCGCUGCCCCGUGACCGCUCCCUCCAGGGCGGGCCUGGCCGUCCCUGAAAAGGAAGCGGAGCCGGGCUGAGCGGCUUCCAGGGCGGCGGCGAGAGCAGGCAGGCAGGCAGGCAGAAGAGCUGGCUUGUGUCUCUUCAUUCUACAACAGCUUCCGUGGCACCCCAGAUGGGACACUAAGCGAGACGACAUCUCGUUGAGGACAGGCUCGACCCCUCGGACCCACCCAGGGGCCACUCCUGAACAUUCUCCAGGCGCCAAGCCCUCCGGGAGACGGUGGUAAGCCCUCCGGGAGACGGUGGUGGCACCUCGGCGGGGUCGACGGUGCUGAGAGCUAGUCCAAGAACUCUUGCGGGAAGGAACGGAGAUCUGAACCGAAUUCUGGCCAGGACACGCGUGUAUGUGAAAACGCCAUAGGGACCAUCUGCAGAGCUGACUGGUUGCUAGAGAAUUGCAGGACGUUUAUUGCCAUGGCAGGAAACAGGGGAACCAUCAAGGGGGCCUCCAACUUCAACCCUGAGGCCGAUGCCCAGGCUCUUCGCAAAGCUAUGAAAGGCUUAGGUACUGAUGAAGAUGCCAUCAUUGAGAUUUUGGUCAACAGGAACUUGUCCCAACGGCAGGAGAUUAAGAUCGCCUACAAAUCCUCCAUUGGCCGGGAUUUGAUUAAUGACCUGAAGUCUGAGCUGAGUAGGAAUUUUGAGAACGUUAUUAUUGGACUGAUGACCCCUAUCACCCUGUACGAUGUGGAGGAGCUGAAAAGAGCAAUGAAGGGGGCUGGGACAGAUGAGGGCUGCCUGAUAGAAAUCUUGGCCUCUCGUACCAACGAGGAACUCCGGAGGAUUAAUGACACCUACCACCGUCAAUAUGGAACCUCCCUUGAGAAAGACAUCGUUUCAGAUACCUCCUCCAAGUUCCGGAGAGUCCUGGUCUCCCUGUCGACUGGCAACAGAGAUGAGAGCUCCUAUGUUGACCAGGGCCUGGUCCAAGAGGAUGCCAAGUGCCUCUAUGAAGCAGGGGAGAACAAAUGGGGCACCAGUGAGGGCCAGUUCAUUAUGAUCUUGUGCUCCAGAAGCAGGAGCCAUCUGCUAAGGGUAUUUGAUGAAUACAAGAACAUUGCUAACAAAGAUAUUACGGAGAGUAUUAAAUCCGAAAUGUCUGGAGACCUUGAAGACGCCUUGCUGGCAAUAGUGAAGUGCAUGAGAAAUAAACCCGCUUACUUUGCUGAACAGCUGUACAAAUCUAUGAAGGGUUUAGGCACGGAUGACAACACUCUGAUCCGCCUGAUGGUCUCUCGCUGCGAGAUUGACAUGAUUGACAUUAAGGCUGAGUUCAAGCGCAUGUACGGAAAAUCCCUCUACUCUUUCAUUAAGGGAGACACCUCAGGGGACUACAGGAAAGUUCUGCUCCUUUUGUGCGGCGGGGACGACUAAGAGCUUCCAGAUUUCUUCCCCAUCUUGGCGCUGAAGCGAUGUGGCUGGCUGUCCCCAUAGAACAGAGGUGGGGAACUAUGGCCCUUUUAUGACUUGUGGACUUCAACUCCCAGAAUCCCUGAGCCAGCCAUGCUGGCUGGCUCAGGAAUUCUGGGAGUUGAAGUCCACAAGUCAUAAAAGGGCCAUAGAUCCCCAUCCCUGCCGUAGAUGACAAGUAGUUGGAACUUUUGCGGAAAUGCUUUUAAAAAUGCCAAUCAUAUCAUGUUAACAUUGAUUGUACCUCUGCCUUCAUCUAUUUCUAAAUUUAAAAAGAAUGUUAGUCCCUGCUUUGAAACAGGUAGACAAGAUGCAGUAAAAAAAAUGACUAAUACAAUAUUUUAAAACCUUG